CAAUGAAUACAUACUGGAGCCAUUUUAUGGCUAUAUAUAUAAGCUAACAUCUUCCGUGUCCUUCAAAAGAAGAGUAGGAAAAUAUGAGGGCAAGAAUCUUAUUUUGCAGCCACAUUAUUUCUACAACUCAAUCAUUACUCCUACUCAUCUUCUUUGUGUCAAAUUACUCCUCAUUCUGCCAUGCAACUGCCUUAACUUCAGCUGGCAAAAAUGGUAGAGAAGCAACGGAAAUCAUUGUAAUAGAUGUCCCUAUCAUUGCUCCUGCUUAUCCUCCUAAUGGUGAUGAUCCAUAUUCUUAUUCUCCUCCUCCACAAGAACCACUAUGCCCUCUUCCUCCCCCUCCUCCCCCUCUCCCAGAGCCAAUAUGUCCCUCUCCCAUGCCUCCAUCCCCACCCCCACCCCCACCUCCACUUCCACCCCCACCCCGGCCUCCAAAGGUUAAAAGUCCUCCCAAACCACCCCCAUCCAUGCCUAAUGUUCUACUAGCAUCAGCGAUAAGUGUCAUUCAAAGAUUUAAGAAGACAAUAACUGAUGACCCUUUUAACAUUACAAGAACAUGGGUAGGCAAAGACAUUUGCAAAGACAAAACCAAAUACAAAGGUUUCAUUUGCUACAAAAACAGAGUUGUCGGUGUCAAUUUCAAUGGUUACAACUUUAAGGGCAAUCCUUUGUCCGUCAAGGAUUUCAUUGAUGGAAUCAAGACUUUAGUCAUCGUCCAUCUCAACUCGAACAACUUCACUGGUGAAAUCCCCACUGAAAUAUCAUCCCAGAAGAUCCCUAAACUAUUCGAGCUCGACUUGAGCAACAACAAAUUUGGAGGUUCUUUUCCAAAAGCUGUUCUUGGUGCUACAAAUUUAACUUAUUUGGAUCUCAGAUUCAACUUUCUUACAGGUCCAGUAGACCCUCGAGUAUUCAAACUGGACCUUGAUGUUCUGUUUCUCAAUGACAAUUACUUUUCUGGGAAAAUCCCAGAAACUAUUGGCCGUACUGCUGCCUUGUUUCUCACAUUAGCCAAUAACCAAUUCACUGGUGAAAUCCCAAAAAGCAUUGGCCAAGCCAAGGAAAACCUUCUUGAGGUUCUGUUCUUGAAUAAUCAAUUCUCUGGCUGCUUGCCUUAUGAGAUAGGCAUGUUGCGGUUGGCAACUGUAUUUGAUGCUAGUAUGAACAAAUUAACAGGUCCGAUACCGCAGUCUUUCGGGUGCUUAAGGGAUAUGGAACUGCUCAAUCUGUCUUACAAUCAACUGUAUGGUGAAGUGCCGGAAACAUUGUGCAAGCUCAGCCAUUUGGAGAAACUCACUUUGAAAUACAAUUAUUUCACGCAGGUUGGACCAGAAUGUCGAAAGCUGAUAGAAGAAAAUGUUCUUGAUGUUAGCAUGAAUUGCAUUAUUGAUCUUGACAACCAGAGAAACCCGGACGAAUGUGAAGCUUUCUUCUUGAAGAAAUUUCAAUGCCCGGACAUGAAAUCACUAACCUAUGUACCUUGUAAUGUUCAUGAGUUUUCUCCUAGGAAGAUCAAUUCUGUAGGUCGACAUCAACCCGAUGCGAAGGCUCGUUCGACUACUUAUGCUGCCAUCAAUAAACCUCACCUCUGAUUUAUCUACCAUUUGUAAUUCUGUACUAUUAAGUUUUAGACUUGUAAUAGUAAUGUAUGUAGAUUGGGACAGUAAGUAGCUCAAUUUACAACUCUGUUGACUUAUAUUUUCUUGUUUUAUGUAUUGAAUUUGUAACUAUUGAGCAUAAGCUUUGGCCUUUUGAACCAAA